AACAAGAAGGGAGGGGAAGGGGGUGGGUGGGUAUUUUGUUUGUGAUUGUUGAAACAGUCACACACUCUCACUCACACUUAAUCAUCAUCAAAAGCCAAAGGGCCCUCCAAAACAUUUCACGCCAUAAUAAACCCCCCCUUAAAAUCCUCCCUUUCUCCCACUUUCCCUUUGAACCGUUCCCCCUCCCACAACCGCCCCCCAUGGCCCUCCUCCUCCUCCAUCUCCUCCUCCUCCUCCGCCUCUCCGCCGCCGCCUCCAACAUCCACGACCUCCUCAAGAGCCGCGGCCUCCCCGCCGGCCUCUUCCCCAAGAACGUCGUCAAAUCCUACGACCUCGACGACGACGGCCACCUCCAAGUCUACCUCGAAACCCCCUGCGUCGCCAAAUUCGAGACCCGCGUCUUCUUCGACAGCGUCGUUAGAGCCAAUCUCUCCUACGGCGGCCUCAUCGGCGUCCAAGGCCUUUCCCAGGAAGAGCUGUUUUUAUGGCUCCCCGUUAAGGAUAUAAUCGUCUACGAUCCAUCUUCCGGUCUCAUCCUCUUCGACAUUGGCCUCGCUCAUAAACAAUUAUCCCUUUCCCUCUUUGAAGACCCCCCUGUUUGUAGCCCUCAAGGGGUUUUGAUGGAGAAAGGUGGGAGGGAGGAGACUGGAUUUCAGAUUGAAAGAUUCAAAAGCUUUCCCUUUUCUGGAGCCUUAUGAUGAACUGCAAAUUCUGGGGCUGAGUUCUUGUGUUUGUGUUGUGUGGGGCUGAAGCUGAUGAAGCUUGAAAGAAAGAGAAAGUGGAGUGAGAUUCUGAUUUUAGGUGCUUAGGGUUGUAAAAAAAAAAUAUUAUUAUGGAAAUCUACUGACUAGGAAAAAAAAAAGUUUUGGAGAAGGAACCAAAAAAAAAACAAAACAAAACAAAACAGUUUUGAAAAUUUUCAUCAAAUGCUUUUUUGCUUAUUGGGUACUGAUGUUUGAGGAUGGCUACCACCACAAUCUGGUGUCUCCUUAAUAAGAAAGUGCACAUUUUUAUUCCA